UGGAUUUCAGCGUUAUUAGCCGUCUGUCCUUCUAAUAUUCCGUUUGUAGAGAGCUCAGUCGUACCUCGUUUUUCUUUUAAGGAAAACCCCACGAUUUUUAUGCUUGAAUUAACAGCCUCGCGUUCUUUUAACAGCAUACGACCCGAUAAGUUGACAUUAGCCGCGAUGCUAACGACCGUGUGCGACUCAGUCAAAGCUCAGUCCGCCGUCAACUUAAAUUGUUCACCGGAAUGAUGGCCGCCUCGGGGAAACUGGCGUCUUUCCGGCUGCCUCCCCUGCCUACCGUUGGCGAGCUCAUAAAGCUGUACAACCUGCGAGCUGAGAAACAGCUGUCCCAGAACUUCCUGUUGGAUUUGAGGCUCACGGACAAGAUCGUGCGUCAGGCGGGCGGUUUGAGGGAUGCCCAUGUGUGUGAGGUGGGUCCUGGUCCCGGUGGCCUCACCCGCUCCAUACUCAAUUCCGGGGUGUCAGAUGUGCUCGUGGUGGAGAAGGAUACGCGCUUCAUCCCAGGGCUCAAGCUGUUGUCCGAGGCGGCACCGGGAAGGUUGAGGAUCGUGCACGGUGAUAUACUCACGUACAGGAUGGACCGAGGAUUCCCCGAAAAUGUCUCCAAGCCCUGGGAGGAAGAUCCACCGAACCUCCACGUCAUCGGGAAUCUGCCCUUCAGCGUCGCGACCGCCCUCAUCAUUAAGUGGCUGGAGAACGUGGCCGACAGGACGGGGCCCUUUGCCUACGGACGCACACGCCUCACGCUCACCUUCCAGAAAGAGGUCGCAGAGAGGUUGACAGCCAGCACGGGCAGCAAGCAGAGGAGCAGACUGUCCAUCAUGGCUCAGUACCUCUGCACAGUCCGCAACUGCUUCACCAUCCCCGGGAGGGCCUUCGUCCCUAAGCCGGAGGUGGACGUGGGAGUAGUUCACUUCACCCCUCUGGUUCAGCCCCAGAUCCAGCAGCCCUUCAAGCUGGUGGAGAAAGUCGUCAGGAACGUGUUCCAGUUCCGCAGGAAGCACUGCCACAAGGGAGUAGAAAAGCUGUUCCCCGAGGCGCGUCGUGCCGAGCUGACGCAGGAGGUGAUGCGGAAAGCAGACGUGGACCCCAUUCUGCGGCCCACGGAACUCACCAUACCCCAGUUCGGGGCCUUGGCCGAUGCCUACGCUCAUCUGUGCGCACACGAGCCCAGUCUCCUCAGCUACGAGUUCAGAGAGGAGCUCAGAGUGAAGAACCUCGCCAGGAAAAUUAAAAAAAUAACGGACACGUCUACGGACGAGCCCCCCCCCCCGGCAUCCUGCAACAACCCUGCUAAAUAACUUAAAAUAAAGCCCACUAAUAUUCCAGUGCCAUGGCAACAGUGCUGCUGUUACUCACAUUUCAACCUGGCAUGUGCAUGCAUUUUUUUUUAAAAAGCCCUUGAAAUCCUGGGAAAGACGCAAAAAAACAUGGGGCGCACGAAGAGCCUGCAUGGGUCGGAUCAUCUCCAGAACCCUGCAGUAGGUCUUAGAAGAGUGAGCGUCUCUUUCUGUCCCAUUUUCUUUCACUUCAGAUCCACUUGCAUAACAUUUUGUCCUGCGGGACCUGAAAUAACAGUCAGUGUUUUCAGGGUGAUUUAGAAAACGGGAACAACACGGCAGCACCAGAUUCAGGUCGUUUUCCCUCCUCUAAGUACUGAAUUGCUUAAGUCACUUGGGAGGAGGUAAGUGAUUUUUUUUUCCAUCAUUAAAAGGAAUGCACUCUUAAUGCCGAUGUUUAUAUCACGAAAGUCCCCUCGGUGGACUAAAAAUGUCACUGAUGUCAUACAGCAUUCACGCGAUGUGUGCUAACCACGCUGUAGCCGUUUAAUGUUUCAUGUCAAUAAAAUAAUCCUUUUUGAAAGCUUAAACAGAA